ACCGAACACUGGUUGAUAAUAUCAAUUGAUCUCAAUUGCUGAGUGGGUGUUUUUUUCUUUUACUAAGUUUGAUAAAAAAUACUGUACACAUGUAAACGUAAUUAAGUAGGAAAGUAAUAGUUUGUUAUAUCUAAUCAAACUAAGUGGUAUGGACAUAUCAGAUGGGAUGGAUAAAUCAUGGGAUCAUCCAUGGACAACCGAGGAAAUGAGAAAGAAAAGAAGAGAAUGGAGUUUGGCAGCCGAUGCAGGACUUCUUAAACACCUUCAGCAGUUUUCUGAGAAUGUAGUAUCAAGAGCGAAUAAAACUGAGGAAGCAUUAGAUGCAUUCACAAGUCAGUUAAAUGAGGCAGCAAUACUUAUAGAUAAUGUUACCAAUACAUCCUUAGCUUUGGCUAAUACCCAAUUUAUUGAGAGCCGUGUGCAAGAAGAUGAUAUAGAGAUUGAGAAAAAGGUGGAAACUUCAGUGCAGUCUAAGGAUGAAGACUUAGCAACAGCAGAUUUAAUAGCCAGUGUGAGUGAGAGUAUAAAACAAGGCCUAAGCAUAAUGGAUGAGAAGUAUAAAAAGAUGGAAUUUGUUGAUAGCGAUAGUGAAGGAGAAGAUGACGAUAAAGUAGUAUUAAGUGUUGUACUGGGGCCAAAUAAUCCAUACCAAAAUCGGCCUUUACCUUAUGUUAUUGGCUCUGAGAAGUGGAAUAAUUCAAAUAAGAUUGGUUUAGAAAGUAGUAGUAGUAGUGAAUCAGAACAAGUGGACGAAGAAGAAUCAGAAAGCGAUGAUGAUAGAGCUGUAUUUAGAGAGUAUAAUAUUGAUACUGCUCCAAAAACAAAUAUUGCUGGAUUGUCACCCUCUUUGGUUGGGUCAGAUUAUAGUAAAAGAAGUGAUAUAACAUAUAUGGAUAAUGAAAAAUUAGAUGUAAUUAGUCAAAAUAAUGUACAUUCCGGUUCUGAAUCAAUUACUCCUAAUGAUAAUGGAUCAAAGGUACCAUUAGCAAACAAUUCGGCACCGAAUUUUGCAGAAGAAUUAGCGAAGCGAUUAGGUACAGUUCGUCAAGCUCAAAAACCAACCAUUGUAGAUGAAAGAAGUGAAGCGUCGAUAAAUCGAUUCAAAGAUGAUUUAUUAACGCCAGAAGUUGAUGAGAAUAUCGUAAACGAUAAACCGAGAAGUAUAAAUAGUGGAAAUACAUUUUUGAAUGACAAACCAUCCGAAAAUUUGUGGAAAGAAAAACCUAUUGAACCAUAUAAAAAUAACAUCAUACCUGCUAGUAUUGAUGUACCACCUCCGAUUAGUACAGUUUCCGUAAAUCCGAAAUCUGAGAUCGACGAUUUAUUUGCCGAUGCCGAUUCCGAAGAUUCCGAUAAUAUUUUCUCGUCAAAAAAUACAGUGAAAACUAUUACGAAAAAUAAACAUACAAAUAGCAACAAUCACUCAGAGAUAACAGAAAGUGCGCAAAAGAAAUAUUUGAGUACUGUAACACCAGCGGUUACUAGUCAGAGGGUCACAAGUACACCAGAAACUAACAUAAAUAAUAAUAAUUUGUUUAGCGACGACGAAGAUGACGGCGAUCUUUUCGGCCCGUCUAAAAAUCAACCACCAAAUAAGAUAAAACCUGCAGGAGUAUCAAUACUUGGAAAUAUUUUAUCGUCAAGUAUUGAGAGUAAAUUAGCGAACAAAAUAUCGCGCAUUCAAUCAUCCGAAUCUUCUGGCAGUGAUAUACCAGGGAAUUUCGACGACAGUCAGGUGUCCGUGGAUGACAAUUUACGAAAUACUAUUUCGAACAAUAAUAAUAUUAACAAUCAAAGUUCCAUCAUGGCAAGGAAUAACGCGGGCAAUUUAACCGCUCACAUCGAAAGUAGUACGAGCAGCGGGAUAUCGAUCCGUCCAUCGAGUAUUAAUAACACUGGAGGUUCGAGCUCAGAUGUCGAUUUCCAGCCUCUGAUGACGUCGUCUCGCUUAAAAUCCGAGGAGAUCUAUCGCGAGAGAGUAGUCAGCGACAGCCUUUUCACAGCGCGUACCCGCAAUCCCGUAAACGCGACGAUUUCAAAUUCGACCAACAGUCAGCCGCAAGAGGAACCGAUCGAGAACACCUCGUCCAUACGACAAGACGAUGUAUUCGAGAACGAGGAUCUGUUCGGUCCACCGCCUUUGCCGAAAGCGAACUCGAAACCAGUGAAAACGAAGGUGCAGUCGUUGUUCGACGACUCCGAUUCCGGGGACGAGCUCUUCUCCACGACCAGUUCCGGCUCCAGAUCGCAGAAGAGCACCGAUUUCUUGACGACCGUCUCUCAGCAUCCGGAUAAAUCGAAAUUCGCCCAGCAAAGAGGCCUCUUCGACGAGAACAUCGACAUAUUCGGCAGCAAAGACUCGCCGGAUGUCGAUAUCUUCGGUAUAGCGUCGAAAUCAGCGAAGCAAACGAAUAGUUAUCCUGGUCGGAAGUUUCCAGACAGCUCGGAGGACGGUCUUUUUUCGAGCAACGUUCAACACGCGAUACCUAAUAAUAAUAACGUAGAGAAACAACAGAGCGUCGCGCCGAAGAAGAUUAGCCUGUUUGACGACGGCGAGGAUAUCGACGACGGUGAUCUGUUCUCCGUGAAGCCGCUUAGGAACGAGACUAAAGUCAAUGUGUUCAGCAACGACGAUAAGACUGACUUGUUCUCGGUCAAGAACGUGACUGAUGAGAAACAACCGAGCGUUAAAAUAUGCGUAGACGCUAUCGCAUCGAGGAUAGGUGAUGUCGAUGAAGAUAUGUCUGCUCGGCGAACGGAAAGAAAAGGUAGCGAUAUUCUAUCGGGUAAUGGAUUGUUCUCUACCACCACCGGUUCGCAUGGAUUGGUAUUCGAAGACGACGAUUACGAUGACCUGUUCAGCAGUAAGAGCGCGAGAGGAAGCAAACAGGAUGAGAAAUCAGCAUCAGAUGUUAAAGAUGACGGGAUGUUUGGCGAGGCAUCUGCAGAAGAUACCGAGACGUCGAUCGAUUCUAAAAUCUUUAUGGACAAUCCAGAAACAAGCGACGUUCCCGUUGCCACGUCGAGUAAAACGGAACAGGAAAGCGAACAGGAUGUAGGUCAAGUUAUUUCGAAGGAAGUUAACCCUUCGGAGAACGUUGAAUCGAAAAAGAGCCCUCCGAAGUCGUUGAAUAUUCAGAGAACUACGUCGUCGCCGCCGUCCGAGGAAAGUAAAAAGGUUAAAGUCACUGUUAAAUGUUCCGGUAAAAUAAAGAAUCUGGUGGGUAAAAUGGGCGAUUUGAAAAUACUUUCUCCUAUGGAUACACCACCGUUGUGGAGGAAAAGCGAGGAGAAAACAGACGAAGAAGAUAGCGCGGCGGAUAGAGAUAGUGACGAUGGCGGAUGUAUGAGUACGCAAGGUCAUAGUUCGCCUCCAAGUAUAUCUGAAGACAGUACUGCUCAAAAGCACUCGCUCCAGUCAACAAUUUCGGGUGAAAGUAAUGUAGAAAGUGCUAUUAGCUUCGAUGAGCCUGCUCAAGUGGAAACAUUGUCUAUUGCAGCUUCAAAGACACGUGUUAGAAUACAAGCAAAACGUCGACCACAGAGUAGGCAUGCACGAAAAACUGCCCUCAGACAUAGUGGAAUCGAUUUUGAUACCGUGGAUGGCUCGGGAAAUAACUCACAAAACGAAAAUUAUGAUAAUCGAUCAUCGACUGGUCAUAAUAAAGAGUCAUCCAGUUCUACAAAUGUUAACAUACCGCACACCACAGUUACGAGUUCUGAUCGUUUAGCUCCAUCAGCUACCGAUAACGUUCAUCGAUUAGCGGAUCCUAAUAUGUCUUUGAUAGCGGACGAUAAAUCUGAACUCGGUAGCAUAAGUAAAGAAAGCUCUAUGAGCGCUAACAAGAACACUUUGCUGUCUCCAUCUACCGAUGAAGAAGAUUUAUUCGACGUGCCGCCUGAUCUACCGGAGGAUCCGCAAAAGGAAGAUACUCUGUUUGGUAGAGCUCCUAUUCUUUCGCCAGUGGAUAGAGUUUUUCUUGAAAAGGCUCCCACUAAUUUUAAGCCAUUAAAGGAUACUCAUAUUAAAAAAAUAGACAAUACGGAUACAGCUUCAGAAAAAGGUACCUCAUCGGAUAAAGAUAGCAAGCUUAGCACGUCGACUGAAUCCAACACUGAUUCUAAUAUAAAUAUUACGGAUUCAUGUAAAAAAGAAUAUAAGCUCGACAACGAUAAGUCCAAAGAUGAACCGACAGAAAUGACAGAUCCGCUGCGAGACAGCAGCCACGAUCCUUUGAAAGAUCCGAGUCAACUGUUCGCCUUCGUAACGAAAACGCCAUCCCCGGAGAAGGGUAAAAGUUUGCUAUUCUCCGAGGAUGAUAGUCUUUUUUCUAGCGGUGUUAAAAGACCACCCGAAGAACAAACUGCGAAGAAAAAAAUGUUGGACUUAUUUGCCGACGAUACGGAAGGUGAUUUGUUCUCAGCAUCUUUGUCCAAACCUGUAAAGAAACCUUUGAAGGAUACAAAAAUCAGCUUGUUCGAUGACGACGGCCAAGACGAUGAAGAUGACAAUUUAUUUGGCUCCAUCGUAAAGAAAUCUUCGGUGAAAUCUGACACUGAAAAUAAGCACUCUGUACAGCAACCCAGGAAGAAAAUAAGUUUAUUCGAUGACAGUGACGAUGCUAAUUUGUUUUUUGAUCAAUCUGAGGUAACGCAAAAGUCGGAUUCUGGAAGUGUUCAAGAGAAAUCGAAUAAAAACGAAUUUCCCAGUAGUACCCAACCUGUAAAGACUUCGCACAUAACGGACAUUUUCGCUGAUCAAUCUAGCGGAGAAGACGAUAUCUUUGCUACAAAAUCUAUCCCGAAGAAAGCUGGCACGCCGAAAUCAUUGUUUCUUUCUGAUGAUGAUGACGACGACGGUAAUAUUUUUGGAAAAAAAUCGUCUACGAGCGAACCAAGAGUGAAGCAAACGGAGAUACGCUCGACUAUAAAAAAGUCUGUCACGAGGGAUCUAAAGAAAACGGCUGAAAAUAUUAGCGAGGAUCCUUUAAGUAUUUUACAAGAUGAUUAAGUGUAUUACUUUCUAUCGCGUGUUAAAGGAAUCAUAUAUUUUAUUUAUACUAGCCCUUUAAUAUUUACAUGUUUCAAAUUGAUUUUAAAUGUUAAUGUAUUAAAUUGUAUACUUGCUGAAGAAAUGAUUGAAAGGCUGGUAUAAGAUAUUAAUUGUGUAUAAAUAAUAAAAGAAAAAACGCUGUGCGUUAAAAAUAUGGGCACUGUCAAAGAUAACGGAUAGAAACUUAAUUAUAGAUAAUGUGCGUUUGUUUUUCUUUAUUUUGUACACGAAAAAGAAAAUUGCGUAACACUUUAUGAUUUGUAAAAUAUACGAACAAGAAUAUUUUAUAAUAUUUUUUCACGUUUAAUCAUCCAAAUAGAAAUCCUAAGAAUAUCAAAUCAUGUUAGAACAAUUUUUAUUAAAUAUCGACAACAACGAACAAUAGAAUGUUACACAGAUAAGAUAGGAAUAAAUGCUGCUUGAUUUAUUGCCAUCAACUUGGUCCAACUGUUUGGAGUAAUUAAUCUGCAGGCAGUGCUUUAAAAAUAUGGUAGAUGUUAUAUAUUUUCUGUAUUUAUAUGUAGUUCAUUCUAUAGGUAUAUUUCCCUUGUUUAUAAUAUAUGCCAUUCCAUGAUGUACUGCAUUGUAUAUACUAUAUCUCUUUAUGAAGCAUGUAUCAGUACAAAUAAAUUCGUAGAAUAAACACGA